GAGAAAAAAGUGAAUGUAAUAUACACAAAGAGAAGCUUAUAGCACAUCCCAGUGAACAGUGAGCCAUGUCGUACCUUUCGAACUUCACCGCCGACACCGGGAAAACCAUCCUGAUCGAUGUGCUGAAGACGGCCAACCUGCCGGAAAACGCCAAGAAACUAUCGGAGGCGAAGACCAACUCCGGCAAGGAGAUGAUCAAGAUGAUGCAGUACGUGUUUCCGCUGGUGAUGCAACUGCAGAUCAACGUCAUCAAGGAGUACGGAUUUCCACCGAAUCGCGAAGGCCUGGUGCAGUUUGAGCAAAUCAUUCGAGAGUUCGAGCGCGAAGACGUGGACAUCGCUCGACUUCGGUCGCAAAUACGGUCGAUCUACCUCCCACCGAUUAACAUUAACAGCACAAACGACGUUCUGAUCUAGGGGACCGGAUCCAGAGGGAUGACACCUUAAUGAUAUUGAAACGAAAUUUGCCAAGGAUUUUGAUUUUUAUAUUUGGAAACCGGUCAGGAAAUGUAUUAACUUAUGCUUGAACCUAGAAUAGUUAAGUUUCGUACGCCAACAACGGUAGGUUUUAAGCAAGACUGAACAAAAUAUUAACCGGAUAUACUAUAUUUAGUCUAGUAUAAGUUACAGGUAUUAACAUAAAGCUGCCAGGGUUCACAAUAGAACUGUAUUAUUUAGAGAACGCAUUUAGAAUGGCAAAACAAUGCAUGCAAUGUAGUUAUUAGGUACAGAACUUUUGUGUCAACGAUGUGAAUUGUGUGAAGGGUAUUAGUGUAUAGAGCUGUAUACUCAAGAAUAAAUUCAAUAGAUAUAUACUAAAAAAUGAA